ACAUGGGGAUGAUUAAGUUUUGUUCAAUUGCACUGCUAAUGACUACUGUUAUGACAACCGGUACCGCGAGAUAUAUUCCGGCGAGUAAUUAUAUAUUACUGGAGAAAUUGAUUAAUCAGUACGAUACGACUGGUGUUAAUUAUGAUUACGGGGAAGAUGAUCAAGACAACCAGGUGGCUCUAAAGAAAGAUGCGUUGCUUUUGGAAAAAUUGAUGCUGACUUUACAAAAGAAUGCGGAAGAUGACUCUAAUGCGAUCGAGUUACAAGACAGAAAAGAGCUAGUACUCAACGACCCACGGCUACAAAAGUUUAUGAUUAGAAGGAGUAGAUCUGAAAAUCGAAAAACUGGGAUGGAUCUACAACGACGAGGGCGGAUCAACGGAAGCGUUUACUGGAAAUGUUAUUUCAAUGCAGUAACAUGCUUCUAA